UGUGUACGUGCGUUUGGUUGCUCGUACGUGCGGUCGGUCCGACGUUGCGGUUGUAGCAUGUGUGUGUACGUGCGUUGGCGGUGAGCGAGUGGAAAAAAGGGGCAGGUCUGUUUUUUUGGCGUUUUUGGACCACCAAAACAACCCCACAAGCCGUGCUCCAGGAACGACAUAAUUUGUGGGAUUCUCGUGAAUGUCUCCACUUGAUAUCGUCUCAUUUUGACGGUGAUUUUUCGAAGGAGGAAAAUCAUGGACGUAUUUCCGAGCGGAGACAUUUUCCAGGAGUUGCAGGUCCUGCAUGAGACGGGUUGCUACUCGGCGCUGCCAUCGCUGGAAGAGCAUUGGCAUCAGAACUGUCUGGAGAUGGAGCGGUACCUGAAGGCCGAACCUUGCCAGACACAAGACAAGAAGAUCAAGGAACCGGAGAACCCCUGGAACAAGUUCAUCCUGUCCUGCCAGCAAGUCAUCCGUGAAAAGGAGGUGGAGACUUUACUCAGCCUAUCGGACAGCGAGAGCAACGACAGCCGCUUUGACAUUGACACCAUGAGCCUGUCCAGCUCUAGCGGUGCAUCAUGGGACAGCUCAGGGGAGCUCUCGCCCUCCCCGACGGCCACAGUCACCCAGGACCCUUUCCGGGCCGAGUUUAAGGCUAAAGUCAGUACGGUGACGCUCACCCCGCCUUCCUCCCCAGAAAUCACGCGGGUCAUGCCCGUGACAGUACCAGUCAACCAGUUGGUCGCCGUCAGCAUGGUGCACAGUAACGGUUCUAUCGUGGACAGGACAACGGUGCGCGUGCGGAGCGUGAAUCCAGCGCGGUCUUUGGGGAAGCGGGCGGAAUCCCCCGACAGCAAGCGGAGAAUCCACAAGUGUCAGUUCCCAGGGUGUCGGAAGGUCUAUACCAAGAGCUCACACUUGAAAGCUCACCAGAGAACACACACAGGAGAGAAACCAUACAAAUGUACUUGGGAGGGCUGUGAGUGGAGAUUUGCCCGCUCGGAUGAGCUGACCCGCCACUACCGCAAACACACCGGUGCCAAGCCAUUUAAGUGCAAUAGCUGCGACCGCUGCUUCUCCCGAUCAGACCACCUGGCCUUGCACAUGAAGAGGCAUCUCUGACGCCAGCGACUUGUGGGCAGAGGGCAGCGCGCGGCCGGCAAGAGUCUACUCAUCUCAGCAUUGGUAGAUCAGAGAUGACCAUCAUCAUCUCCUACUAACCGCCAUCCUCCCUAUCUGCAUUAUAAUUACAGAGUACACUUAGGUCCUGAAAUCACUAGCUCUGCCAUGAAAAAGGGGGAAAUGAACUGCACUGUAUAGUUAACGAGUGGGGGAUAUUACUGCAAAGCAGUACGGAAGAGGUAUUGUGUACGGUAGGUUUGGGAACGGAGCUGUCCUGUAACGAUUGUGACGCCCAGGAAUUUUUACACAGGGUCUCGGAAUGGAAAGGAGCGAUACAGUGAGGGCUUAUAAAUGUGUACGUCAUCGGCCAGAGUUGGUCCGGUCAUAUGGAGCAGUAGUUGUACAGUGAACACGAUAUCAUUUGCAUCCCGCAUCUGAUGUUUAUGUACGUAUGUAUGUUUAAUAACAGUGUUUGCCUAUCAUUACUUGUACACAUAAAAACUAAAAUAGUAAGUAUAUAUCAAAUAUAUCCAAAUUUCCUUGGUGGAGGUACAAUUUGAGCAAAAAAAGUACAAAACUCUAAAACCAAAAAAAAGUUUAUAAACUGUCUAUGAGGUCAAAUUAUUGGUAAACUCAACAAUUGUAUAAAUUGUAAAAACUAAAAAAAAAAAAAAUCUGUUACUACUUUUGAAAUAUUGAUGCAUUAUAUAUUUUUGUUUUGAACAAUAAUUUGUUUAUCAAUAGUUUCUUUUCCAUUUUUUUAGUACAUGUAUAUGAUUUUCUUAAAACUACUGCAUGUUGUAAGAGCAACUAAUGCAAAAAGUAAAAAAAAAAGACAUUGAAAAGGCAAAGAAGAGUUUUUCAAAGGAGAGCGAGUGCAGCCAUGAUGAAGAAGCAAUCUUUGAACUUUUCCGUGUAGACCUGGGAGGAAGCAUCUUAUCAGUGGUUAUCCUGGUUACGGGGCCACACGAAGGUUGCCUAGCAACAGGUCAAGUGUUGCAGUGCAUAUUAUGGCAACUAUCGUUGUCUCAGGCGACGGAGUAUGCAAGUUGCGGGACAAAUACUUCAUCUAGGUCCUUUGCGUUUGGCAUUCACUGGCCAUCAGUUCACGAGCUCUUUCAGGAAGCAUGUUUUGCCUGUGAAGCAGAGGUUUGGUUGUUAACACUGAUGAUACAUUCAUGAUGAGGCAGAUCUUAGUCAUGAGCUGGCAAGCUUGCAGUUUUAACCCCCCCCCCCCAAGCCUUGGGGGGUCUGUAGUCAUAGUGUGUGUCUGCGCAGCGCUUCCUGAUCACCUGCCACCGUCACUAUGGCAACAGGAAGGAACCAUUCAACAAUUAGACAGAUCCAUUUGGUUCAUGUGCAUGUAAGGUUAUUUGUCAGCUGCCUGUUUGAAUACAUGUACAUUUAUGUUAGGUUUGUCACAGUUCCACCACAUACAUAGUUCAAGGAUAAAAAGUUAAACUAAGUAGUUUGUUGGGAAGGGAGAUUGAGGGGAUGCAAGGAGAAGAUAACAAAACAUGCUUCUUCACAAAAUAAAUCUAAACUGGUACAUGUAUUUUGGUCUUGGUACAAAAAAAAAAUCAAUACACUUCACAGUUUUGAGCACGCACGUCAGUUUUCCUUGUUGGUGUAAACAAUUGGUUUUAUCUAUGGCAACAACUCUGGUGUAGUAAUUACAGCAAAUCACUUGAUGCAACUGUACACAUGCUGAGAGUCAUAUUUAUAUCUGGCCUUUAUUUAUCACCGUUGUUUAUGAAGCUAGUGACGUGGCAGCACCAGUGGAGGAAAACAUGGGUGAAAAUUCUGAGACAGUUUCAAAGCGCAUGCUAUAUUUCCUCUUGUUAGUGCCCUGUGUUUUUUUAAUUAAGGCUGCCUGGGCGAAAUGCAUCCUCGUAAUUACUAACUGUGCUUGUAUUACACUAGUUUUUUUCAAUUCAUUGUGUAGCUUAUAAUAAUGUGCACUCUUAUAGGAGUGCAGUAUCAUAGUAUCUAUAAUUGUUUGGGUGUUUUGAUUUAAUCCCACCCACAAAUUUCAUCAUUCCGUUUUCAUACUCAACUAAAACAAAACAAAAAAGUUUGAAUAACAAACACUGCAGAUUGUUUUACUCCAAGUGGCCUUAUGUUUAAAAACAACCUGUUGAUGUAAAUGGUGCUGUUUAUUAGCUUAGUUCCUUUUGGAUAUUUUUUGUGGGUCGGAUUCAGUUUCCAAGUUAUUUUUUACACUUCAUGAAUGUAUACAUAAAAAUGUGAAUAAUUCUACUCGUUAUCAGCAGCUGGUACAAAACUGUAAGUACAUGUACAUGUAUGUACUCUAAUGUCGGUAUAUUAAUCGUUGUUAUGAAGAUUCUGUCAAUAUCGUGAAUAUCUGAGAUUUGCAGAAGUGUUUUGGCUUGCUGGGUAAGAGGAGUUUUCUCCCCAUGUUCUCUAUGUAUCAACCAAAAGAGAAAGUUCUUUUUGAGGUAUGUAGGCUGCCACACUUUGUAGAAUGUAAAUUCCUGGGUGCAUGACCCCUAAGCUACGGUAGUCUCUUUAAGGUCACCGUCGGAACUUUCGCUUCCCUGGGCCUGGUAAAGUGUGGGAAAAUAACACUUGUCUGACAUUGAAUGCUGAUGCCCGAAUGAAAGGCAGUGGGGGUUUUUGUAAAGAGGAAGUCAUGCAUGCACCAGGUUGGUCCAGAAAAAAAAAUAAAAAUACUGGGUGCACUUUUUGGCAAUGAAUUGCGGGGUGCCAUGAAUUGUCCAUUGACGUCAGCUCUACCUGAUUUCCUUCUCUCCCUGUGGGAAGUGAAAGAGGGUACAUGGGAUAAUUGUUCUCAUAAUGGGGGUCACUAGGAAAAAAAAAGCUUUGAACGUAAACCCUCAAAAAUGACUUGGACACUGACUAGCAAUUGUAUCAGCCAAGGCCAGCUAUGCUCGGAAUUUUCCAUCCUGUUCUGGGCUUUCAUUCAUUGAGAUACUGCUUGCUGAUUGGUUGGUUGAAUGUGUGGGAGUCCAGGAAGGAAAAGAAAGGGGGGGGGGGACUAGAGCUGGAUGAUUUGUAGUACUCUUCAACUGUGAGGGUUUUUUCAAGGAAAAAAAAGGAAAGAAAAACAUGUAUUGAACUGAAACUAGAACUUGACUGUUCAAAGAUCAUGUGAAAAUGAAAGAGGUGUGCACGGGAACUUUGUGACUUGAACUUUGACCCUUCUGUCUAGCUGGUUGUGGUAUCACCAUGGAGCUAUCUUUUCAUAUUGUAAUUGUACCACUUGGGUGAUCUGUCUAGACCGCUGAUCAACACAAUCAUAUGAAGAACAGAACAGUUUUUGGAUGAGAAAAAAAAUAACAUUGUGAUUAUAAAAACAGAAAAGGUCAGGCAUGUUUGUGAUAGCUGCGUUGCAGUGAUAAUUUCAUUAAUAUCAGUUAAUAUCAGAUCCUCACCUUGGCCGGUUAAUUAAUGACAGAACCUGUCCCUGAAUUUCCUGCUAUCAGAAAUUGCAGAGUAGCAAGGGCCAAAACAACAAGGGACUAUUGAAAUAGAAACCAGCAGUUCUCUCUCACUACCCGCAUCAGUCAAGCGUGGGAACUGUGGAGGCGAUCCCUGGAUGACUCACUGAUGUGAUACAUGCACUAGGUGUUCAGGAAACUAGACUAGUCAAAUUGCCAUCCCUGCAGGCUGAUCAAGGCCUUAUGCAUGCCUGAUCUCAAGUGCAAUUUCUACACAGUUUUCUUUCCUUUAGAAGUACAAUUUGUUUAAAGGGUAGCAUGAUCACGACUGACCGACCUUGAUGAGAAAUGUUCCAUACACUGGUGAAGCUGGUGUCGCAUAAUGAAAACAAAAACAUCCAACCCUUUUUAGUGUGAAUGACAAGCCAAACUUAAUGUAAUGCAUGGAGAUGUAAAUGCAUGAAGUAGAAAUUGCCAAUGUAGUGUGUAGAAUAUGUAGAUAAAUCAUGAAGUAGAUUUAAUAGUGUUGGAAUACUAACUUUAAUCAUGCCAGUUGUCUCUUGACCUGUGUGUGUGGGGGAGUCGAUGACAAGAGGAGUAACUAUGAAUUGUAGGGGGAAAAGUUGCUUGUGAAAUGACGUAUGUCUGAUUACCUCUUGUCUGAUUUCUUGCAAAAUUGAUGAACGUGAAAUUGAUGUACAACAUGGAAAAAUCAGAAAUAAAGGAAUUGAGAAUAUUACAGCACGUUUUAAAUAAAAAAUUCACUGGCAUUGUUCGAUUGGUGUAAACAUGCACAGGCAAGACAACAAAUUCAAAAAAACUAUAAAAAAAACAAAUAAAAAAAAAUAAAAAAUAAAGAAAAAUAAAAAAAGAUAAAAAAGAGGGCUUUAGCCAUCAUGCUAAUUGAGGCAUUAAAAAAAUGUAAGGCUUGAAAGAUGUUGCCUACAUGCAAUUGUGGAUCAGAAGGUUAUAAGGAUUUUGAAAUUGGAACAAGAGAACUCUUCUUACAGUUGCGGUUGAAGCCCUGUGAGGGAAAUUAUGUUUAAAAAGUAUGAAAUAUAAAAUGAAAUUACAAAAACUAUUGUGUGAAUAUUUUUUGUGUACAAAAAAAAUCAAACGGUACUGAGUUAUAUAAUUUAUAUAUUGAAUAUUUAGUUCAGAGAAUAAAACUAGCAUGUUCUUUUUUUAUUUUAAAGUCUUUUCAUUUUACUGGAAUUGUAUAAUUUGUUUUUUAUUUCAAAGGUAUAGUUACGGGAAUAAUUAUUACAUAAAAUGUUGUCAGAACACAGAAUGACGAAAGCAAAUCGGCCAAUUGUAGCCAUUUGCCCACAUGACUUCUGUCGUUCAUGCCUUUAAUUAAUCAUAUGUAUGAUUUACUAAAAAAGGAUAUUUUUUAUUUUAUGCAAGUAAUGGCAGUUCUGCCAGCUGCACAUUUAUGUAAACCAAAAAAAAAUUUAAAAGAAAAAUGGCUAAGAAACAUCACGCACUGUGCGAAACUUGACUUGGUCACUAUCUGUAAAGCAACCUAUGAAUGAACUAUAUAUAUAUAUAUACUGUAUGUAUAUCUCAAUAGAUGUAAAGCAUGAACAUGUGUAUAUCUUCAAUAGUUGUAAAAGCUUAUCGUGAGUUUGUGUAACACUGUUUGAAAAGCUGUACAUGUAGGUAGAGUAGUGACUGUUGUAAAACCUCCACGUUGCCUGUAGAAUUCCCCCAUGUACAAAUAUCUUGGCCCUCAACUUGUUUUGGAUGUUUCAUGGGUGGCUGGAACGUGAAGGGGCAUGGCUGAUAAAUGUUCAAAAUGAUGGUAUUUAGUGGUGGUGCAAAUUUAACGAAUUGCGCCAAACCGUGGUUGCUGAAAUGUGUAACGAUGAUCACAAAAUCGAGUGAAACGUAUAUUCUUGCAGUGGUGAACAUGUAUUGAUGGUGUGUGAAAUGAUAACGUCGUAAGGCCUUCAUGUAUGUUGUCAGCAAAAUUGAUUGGUUCCAUUGGAUCAGGUUAUAGUACAUGCACGGAAAACAUGUUGCGUGUGUGCAUCAGCAUCAAUGAGUCAAUGCAGCAGUCUGAUAAUUGCACAGUGUUGAAUAUACCACAUGGUUGUGUGCAAAGAGCUUCACUUUGUUGGCAAUACUUCAGAUGCAAAUGUGGUCAUAAUGGAAGCGGUAGCUCAAAAAUGAAAAAUGACACCCCCGUUGCUCUAAUUGUCUCGCAUAUCCGGAAUUCACUUGGAACGUCAUGCACGCAAAGAUGAAUUUGCAUUUUCCAUUCGCCUUUACAGCAAAGAGAUUCAGCAUAUGCCAAUACUGCGUAUCAAUCAAAUGCUUCUUCGCACUUUGUCAUUCGUGCUGGUCCCAGAGAGUGCCAGCCAGGCUAUAGUUGUCUUUGUACCUCACUGACUGACUAAAUUGACUCCAGUGUGAGCCGGGCAGUGCUAUCAUGUAGGAUUACCUUGUAACACCAAUGAAUGGGCUAUUAAAUCCGGCUCGUUGUGUACACAGAUGCACGAAAAGGCUUCCAACAGGUUCCAGUGAAUAGCUUUUCUGGAUCAGGUGAAUGGAAUAUUGUGGGCUCUUGGAACAGCUUGCCUUGUCUUGCUUCUGUUAAAGCAAUUAAAAUUAACAAUAAUUUUUCAGCCUUUGGAGAAGCAAUGUACUUUCAAAUAAUGAGGCACUGGCAGUAAGGGUAAAUCAUAUCACAGCUUCUUUCCCUGCAUGUGUUUAUCAAGGCAUCUUUGGAAGGCCUUUAGCAACCCUGGUAUCAGUCAGCCUAUCUCUAUGGUCAGACCUUGUGCUCAAUCCUGGUAUGCAUGGAGAAAUCAACUUGAUUUGCUGAGGCAAGCGGCAUGCCAACGAUUUGAUUCUCUGCAUGUUAUGGCAGACUCUGGCCCUUAGAAUUCCAAAAGCUUAGGAAAUCCUCUGAGGGUACUAGAUAACAAAAUUGUCUAGUUACUGUGUAGUGUGUACAUGUACAUCCCAUCAUAAGCUUGGCACAGUCUGGAACACAUGAGCCUCAGUCUAGCAAUCACACCUCCCUCCAAUCAUCACAUCAUUAUUAUGGAUGAUGCCUACAUGUGUAAGAUGUCUGUCCUGACUAGUAGACUCCUUCUUCAGUCUGAUUUCCAUGGUCAAGUGAUGUCAUUUGGCAGUAAUUGUAUGUUUUUACCACUCUUGAAGUUGUACUUGUUCAGAGGAAGUGUGGCUUCGGUACAAGUCUUAAGGUUCGGCAUCAAAGCAACCAUUUGUCAUAGCUGUUUUGAAAUUGAACAGCGGCUGGUCGUGUAUACAUUCCAGCUAUUCAAGCUCAACACUACAGCUUUCGAGUGGGAAAAUCAUGCCAGUUUUUAAUAUGUAAGUCGGAUAAUAGAAACCCCAAAUUUACUAAAUUUUCCCGUAAAUUUGCCCAGAAAAUUGUAAUUUCCUACUCCUAGCAUGAUGAGGCCUUUCUUGAAAAUAGUGAUGUAGUAACACCAUGUACCUUUAAUGUAAUAUCUGUGUAUAUUAAUAGUAUAUAAUGUGCAACAGCUAUGCUUGCUCCAUUUAUUUUGUUAUUUUUCGUCUAUUUUGACUCAGGAUCUGCAUUUAGCUGGUAAAUUAAUAAAACAACUUCGAGUAUGGAAUUUCAUA